AUGAAAACUGAUCGUGUCCUGUAUGAACUGUUCUUGCUCCUCAUUUACUCCUGCUCUAUGAUAAAACCGGGGCAAACCAAUCAAGCAGGUUCUAUGCCUAUAUUUGAAGGAAGUGAGACAACCAACCUUACAGCUCACAUCGGUUCAACAGCUAUCCUCAGCUGUAAGAUUAGAAACAAUGAAAACAAAAACCCGGUGUCCUGGAUAAGACUAAGGGAUUGGCAUAUCCUGACUACUGAUCAGAGUACGUUUACCAACGAUGAAAGGUUCCACGUGAUUCAUCAACCACAAACAAGUGAUUGGACCCUGGCCAUCAAAUUUAUUACAAAACGAGAUGAAGGAGUUUAUGUUUGUCAGGUAGAAUACAGUUGAACCCAUACAAGUGUG